GGCGUCGGCAGCGACCUUGGCAUUACCCUCGCCGUAAACCGUGAUUGUGGUAGCAGCAAGCAGCAGGAGCAGCGCAGAGCUGUAGCGUUGUAGGUAUUCUAUUCUGCGGUUGUAGCAUAUGAUCCCGGACGAGGUGAUCCAUGCAUUUGCUCUCGAUUUUGGUGGCAGGUAUACGCAGAGACGGUACCGUGAGUGUUCCUCGGCGAAAAACAUAUUUCCGGCGUCGGGCUUUUGGUAGUACGGCCCGACCUGCCACACAAACCACGCGGUUCGCUAGGCCCCCCGUGCGAAUGGGAAGACCCGAAAGCAUUGUUCUGUGCUGAUAGCCUAGCAUCCAGUAUUAGGCUUAACAUCGGCUCAAGAAAAGAAUUGUCUGCAUUUUCUUGCGGAUCCGUCCGCCAGCGGUGCGAAUGUGGCCAGUCCGCGUUGGGGAAACCGCCUCGGGUGCCGUAUCGGCGUGCUACGCAAUUCGGCGGCCGCCUUUCGCAAACGCUGAGGAGCAGCACCACCGCCACUGAGUUCCGCUCCGAGUCCUUCCCCACUGCCUCUACCCCACCACCACCUCCCGCGGAAGUGAGCGGUCGCGUCUUCGUCGGAGGCUCGUACGCGACUUCGUGCGGUGUGCGUCUGGCGAUGCCGUCCGCGCGUCGAGGACACUGUGCGUGAACGAGCCCCGGGCCUGGUGGCACGUUUGUUCCAGGUUUCUCCUGCGUGCUAGCGUAAGAUGAUCACCCUUUGGAGCUGACACAACCGCCGAGCGACACUGUUGCCACAGCGCCGGGAGACCCUCGCCGGUUCCAUUCGUUGAGGGUGGCCCUCCCCAUGUUGGUCUAGGAUGACCAUGACCGCGCGCAUCAAACAGGUUGUGAGCAAGAACAAGAAGCGAUACCAGGAUGAGGACUUUGACUUGGACUUAUCGUACAUUAGUGACAAUAUCAUUGCCAUGGGCUUCCCUGCUGAGAAGCUGGAAGGCGUCUUCCGCAACCACAUGGAUGAUGUUCAGAAGUUUCUUGAAAAGAAGCACAAAGGCCACUACAAGAUAUACAACCUGUGCUCUGAGCGGCAGUACGAUGCCAAGAAGUUUGAGAACAGAGUGGCACACUACCCAUUCAAGGACCACAACCCUCCGAAAAUUGACCUCAUCAAGCCUUUCUGCGAGGAUGUCGCAGAGUGGCUGUCCAAACACCCGGCCAAUGUUGCUGUCAUCCACUGCAAAGCGGGCAAGGGUCGAACGGGAGUGAUGGUGUGCUCAUACCUGGUACACAGCCGCAUGUUUGCCACUGCUGGGGAGGCUCUCUCUUAUUACAGUGAGCGCAGGACGAAAGACCUCAAGGGGGUGACAAUCCCAAGUCAGCGGCGGUAUGUGGAGUACUAUGCCAAGCUAGUCAGCACACGUGCAGAGUACAACCCAGAGACGCUGGUGCUGCACUCGCUCUCUCUUGAGCCCGUGCCUACCUUCAAUGGAGGAACCUGCUCGCCAUUCUUCCUGGUUUGGAAGAGUGAUGCCAGCAGCAUGGAGAAGUUGUACGUGUCUCCUGUGCUGGAGGGACGUAAAGGCAACUCCGCGUCGCUAUGCUUCCACCUAGGACGCACAGUGGCCCUCAAGGGCGACAUCAAAGUGGAGGUCUACAACAAGCCCAAAAUGAUGAAGAAGGAAAAGAUGUUCCAGUUCUGGUUCAACACCUUCUUUGUACCUCCAAGCUGCAAUAGUAGCAGUGGUGGCAGCAGUGUAGGGCGAGGUGACGCACACUCACACCCCAAUGGUUUUUGGGGAGGUGCUGUGCUGCAGGUUCACAAUGGGGGAGAAGAGGAGGUGAGGACAUUAGUCCUGUGCAAGGACGACCUUGACAAGGCAUACAAGGACAAGACUCAUAGCAAAUUCAGUAAAGACUUCAAGGUGUCACUCAAAUUUGUAUCCCCAAGCCAUCUGUGCCCCUCGGGUGGUGGGGGUGAUGAUCCCAGCAGUGAUAUUGACGGGCCAGGCUCUGACAGUGACACUACAGACGACGAGGAUUGGGAUACACAGGAGGCGACCCACAUCUAGGUCCGGCUCUCUCCACCCUUCACACACACACCUGCCACUUCCCACAACUCACCUCUGCCCCCCUCCCCCCACUGCUUGGAGGGUGCCACCACGGGCACAAGUGAACCCCCCUCAUUAUUUCACCACACCAUUGGCAUUCUCUCUCUCUCACCCACAUACUUGUGUAAUGUGUUGCCGUGUGUUUGUAAAUGUGCAUAAAUCUGUAUGUGGAGUUAGCGGCGUGCUUUGCUAUGGCAAGGUUCUGUAUUUAUUCAAACGUUGACCAGACAUUUUGCCUUUGAGGAGGCAGACCUUUGUUGGACUAGUUCAAUCAUCCAGUUAAAAAAAGAAUACAGGAGCUUACACAGCGUGCUGUUUGUAUUAUUCGGGUCUUGCUCACAGUUAAUUCUUUUGGUUGACAGUGGUUGCCGACAAUUGGCUGCAGCAUGUGGCCAAAAAGCUUUAAUGCAGUUUGCUUUUGAGAAUGAAACUGCUGAUGGAAAGCACUCUGUAAACAAGCACUGCGCUUUUAUUAGGGGAUCAUUUUUGGACAAUUUUUGGAUGUAUUUUGAAUUUUGAUCCAUGGCAAGUGGGCAGUAGCCAUGUGGUAGAGAAAAGGCGUAUUUGGGAGAGAAGUUUUAGACAGCUAAAACUCCUGUGGCAAUAUAAAUGUCUAAAAGAUGUGUGUGUGUGUGUGUGUGUGCAUGCGUGCGUGCAUAUGUUAUGUAUGUAUGUGUGCAUUAGUCUUUUUUGAUAGCCUUUUUUAAGGAAUGUGUUUCGUUUUUAAUACCUUGGGUUGAAAAGACUGCAAGGUCGAAACUUCGGUGUUUUUAAGAUACAGAGAUGAGCUAUUAUUUGUGCAGGCAGGUGUUUGGGUCAUAGUUAAGUACCUGGCAAUGCUCCAACAUCGCUAGUGCAGAUUUCUUUGUGAUAUGACACUUUGAAGGUUUUUAUUUUCUUCGUAAAGAAUCUGCUGUAAUGCAGUGACACUGUGUUCAAAUGGCAUUGACAUGGCUUUCAGCCUUUGACAUACGUGUAGGUUGCAGCACAGCCUUCUCCGUGCAUAAGGUGAUCGAUGUGCAACCAGAGAAUACUGGUGACUUGAUUGUCAAAGUUGCCAUGCCAUGUUGUCAUUGGGCGUAAUCAGGUUGCAUUAGAAAAUAGGGUAAGACUGGAUGAAUGCAAGACCCAGAAAGGAGCAGUACUGAGCCGGGAUAAUGCAAAACUAUUCCGACCUGUUUUCCAAAUCCUCCAUUAGCACUCCAUGAUAGGUCAAAAGGGCUUGGGCUCCGCCCAUAUGUGCAUGGUGCCCGCCCAUACGGGCUGGCCGAAGCCAUUUUGGCCUAUUGUGGAGGUUUAAUGGCAGAUUUGGAAUAAAAACAGAUUGGAACAGUUUUACGUUAUUCCAGCUUUGGUCUUCUUACUGUUCACUUCUUUGUUCUGUGCUCAGCUAAUGCCUAUUGUUGUAAUGAACCAAAAUGUACUGUCCUUUAGCACAGUGUAAUUUGGGGCCUCACAAUUUUCGUUUGGUUUGUGCUCCACUGUAACUGUUAGAAUGCUCCACCUGAUUUUUUAAGCACCUGUUAGUGAAGGCAUACUUUAGUGGCCAAGUUUCUGGGUUUCUUGUCUUUGCCUGUAGCAUGUGCGGUGUGUGGAAGGCUUGCUUUUCCAGUGAAUCUUGGUCACCGAGCCCAGCUCUUUUACCUGUUUUUUUCCUUCCCAGUGAAUGAGUUGUCGGGGUAAAGGAAGUCUUGAUUAUAGAUACUUUUGGUUAGUUUAAGAGUACCUGGAUAUAUGUAUGUAUAGGUAUAUAUAUAUAUACACAGGCUAUAGAUUUUUAUGAAGGCCAUGUGUGCUUGAAGAAGCUAAAGCAUCCGGUGAUCAUGAUACCUUUUGGUGUAGUGAAUGGAAAUUACACUUUGUGCAAAUCUGUGUUAUAAUUGAAAAAGGCAAGUAUGCAGUGCAUUGUCAAAGCAUAGUAGUGUUUGUGCAUUUCACAAUUUCACGCCAUAGUGUAGCGUAAGAAAUUAGUAAGCAGUAUGGAGUGACAGAUAUGCAAGUAAAAAUAAUAAUAAUGAAAUGCUGUGUAAUACGUAUUAAUGUUGCUGCCAGUUUACAUUGUCUAUUCUUUAAGUGCUUAGCCAAUAAAAGGAAGUUGAAGGAAGCUUAAAGGGGCACUAAAGGAAAAUAUUAAGUUGAGUUAGAUUGGAAGAUCUUUAAUAACAAGUUCGUCAUUUGUAGCGAGAAUAGACCUUCUUUAAACAAGAAAAUGACAAAAAUGGGAAAUAGGAGUGGCGCCACCUGUUGUGGGAUAUGGUACCUCAUAUGCGACGCCAACACUGGCUGAUUCACAGAGUGAGAUAUAGAGGGAGGAGAUUACGGUAACUCGCCCUUUGUGGCGCGGGCGGUUCAAAUUGAGGACUAGCAGCGGGGCUUUCGGCAGCAGUUUCCUAAGCAACAAAGUGGUGUAUGGGCACACAGAAAAUGAUGAUCGGCCCCUAGACGAAUAAACUAUUCAUCUAGCUCAACUUAAUAUUUUCCUUUAGUGUCCCUUUAACAAGAGUUAUAUUUAUUGGACUACUGGUCACAUUAAAAUAUUACGCAUGGUCCCGAGUACCAUGGGUUUACCACCAAAAUUCCACAGCUUUAUGUUCGUAAAAGUUUUAUUCCUGUGUAUGUUAGUCAUUGUAAGACAAGUGGGAAGUAGCUCAACUUUUGAGACACCAUCUGUAUUUGCAGAAAAUCUUUCCAUUUUUUUU